CCUUUUUAAGCUUAUAAGAAAUCACGUCAAGGAUGGUUUCUCUUUCGUUUUCUGUCUUUACUUUCUCAUUAUAGUUUACAACUGAUGAAUAGAGAUCGGAUCAAGAUCCUUUUAAAUUCAACUAUCUUUACAUGUAAUGUACCCAUUAAUUCAAAACCAUUCCUUUACCAUUUCAUACCUCAAUCACCUUACUCCUUCUCUUCUUCUGAUCUUGAUAUAAUUUCCAAUCCCAGCUCCAAAUCUCUCUCAAAUCCUCUUUACCAUCUCCUUCCUAGAACCCAAAACCCUAAUAAUAUUGUCAAUAUCAUUUACUCCUUUCUCAAACAAGACAAUACCCAGUUAGCAAUUCUCCAAAAUGACAUAAAGGGGCUCCUUGCUCAUCUGGGUACCAAUGAAAUUUCUAGGGUUUUAUUGAGAUGUCAAUCUGAUUCUAUUUCAGCUCUUGCUUUCUUUAACUGGGUCAAAAAUGAUUUGGAUAUUAAGCCCUCUACUCAUAAUUAUUGUCUUCUUGUUCAUAUCUUAGCUUGUUCGAGGGAAUUCAAACAAGCAAUGAAAUUUUUAACUGAAUUGAUCAGGUUGGUUAAAGAUUGUGCAUCUAGUGAAGAUGUGUUUCAAAGUUUAGUUUUGUGCUGCGAAGAUUGUAAUUGGGAUCCUGUUAUAUUUGAUAUGCUUAUCAAGGCAUAUGUGAAAGAGGGUUUGAUUAAAGAGGGUUUUAGUACGUUUAUGAAGAUUGUUGAGGUUGGGUAUGUUCCUAGUGUGGUUGCUUGCAAUAGUGUUUUGAAUGGAUUGUUGAAACUGAAUUGCAUUGAUUUGUGCUGGCAAGUUUAUAUAGAGAUGGGGAAAGUUGGGAUACACCCGAAUUCAUAUACAUUUAAUAUAUUAACUCAUGUUUUUUGUCGGGAUGGUGAUGUCACUAAAGUGAAUGAUUUCCUUGAGAAGAUGGAGGAAGAAGGAUUUGAGCCAGAUAUAGUGACAUAUAAUACAUUGAUUAGUUGCUACUGUAGAAAAGGAAGAUUGAAUGAUGCAUUUUAUUUAUAUAGGAUAAUGUAUAGAAGGCGUGUGUUGCCAGAUUUGGUUUCAUAUACUGCGUUGAUGAGUGGUCUUUGCAAAGAAGGGAGGUUAAGAGACGCUCACCAGCUCUUCCAUAGAAUGGUUCAUAGGGGGUUGAAUCCAGAUAUUGUUUCAUUUAAUACUCUUAUCUGUGGUUAUUGCAAGGAGGGGAAGAUUCGCGAGUUAAGAUUGUUAUUACAUGAGAUGAUAGGAAGUGGGAUUCGUCCAGAUAAUGUUACUUGUCGAGUUCUUGUAGAAGGAUAUGCAAAACAGGGUAGAAUAGUUUCAGCUUUGAAUUUGGUUGUGGAACUUGAGAGAUUUGGUGUUCCAAUUUCUUGGGAUAUUUAUGAUUAUUUAAUAGUUUCUUUAUGUAAAGAGGAUAAACCAUUUGCAGCAAAGAAUCUUUUGGAAAGAAUCUGUCAGCAGGGUUAUGUGCCUGGUGCAGAAAUUUGCAAUGAACUCAUUCAAUCUUUCUGCAAAAGUGAUUGUGUGGCUGAUGCAUUGCUUUUAAAAGCUGAGAUGGUACAUAGGAAUUUAAAACCCAAUGUUACUGGAUAUAAAGCUCUUUUAUGUUGUUUGUGUAGAAUGAGUAGAAGGAGAGAGGUUGAAUCAUUGAUGGAAGAAAUGCUUCAAUCUGAUAUGCUGCCCGAUCCAGAAAUAUGCAGAGCAUUGACGCAUAUGUACUGCAAGGAAAGGGAUUUUGGAAAAGCAGAGUCGCUAUUGGAAUUCUUUGCCAAGGAAUUUCAAAUUUUUGAUACUGAGAGUUACAACACACUUGUCAAAAUCUCUUGUGAGGAUGGUGAUUUUACCAAGUUGCUGUAUCUGCAAGAUAGGAUGCUGAAAGUGGGAGUUACGCCAAAUGGUCUUACUUUCAAGCACAUGAUCCAUGGCUUAUCGAAAUCUAUGUCCCUAGACAAAGACAAACUUCUUGUGGAAUGAUGCCAAAUUUUCCUAUGUGAAGAAUCUAUCAUGUGUUCUAUUUGUGAAACUCUCGAAAGGCUGCCAUGUGCAGGGCCUAUGUGCCAGUUAAAAUUAAGGGACUGCAUGUUUCAACGGACCUUCUAAGCUCCAAUUUCAGUUUAGAAUGCUUCUUUUGCUGAAACAUAAUGGAGUACUGCAGGAUAGUAUUCUGAAUCAUCUUCUCCUGCUGCUGAUUGUCCAUUGCAGCAAGGAACCAACGCAAGCAUUUUGCUCCCCAAGAAAAUGUUUUUAGAGACUUGUCCAAUCAUGUUAAAGAAGUUUUUGAGCGUUAGAAACCGGAUACCUGCAGACACUUGUAUCAGUAGCAGAGUUGACAAGUGAAGCUUGUUAUCCAUCAUCAUCCCAU